AUGAAAAGAGAGGUGGAAAAUGCGAUGCUUGAACAAGUAGCCAACUCAAAGAGACGUCGACUGGUGGCGGCUGGUAGCACUAGCCAUGGUACGAAAGAUCCAGGUUCAUCAACAAGCAAGAAGAGGAAGGCUGAGGACGCGACACUGGAGCAGCCCAUCACUCCACCAAAACACGUCGCCUUCACUUUCCAAGAGCCGAGGGAAGAGCCGGCUGACAAGUUGAAAGGCACCUUCAAACCGCCGGCUCCGGUACGUGUCCCAAGCUGGGAGCGUAUGCUUGGCAACCUAGAGGUGAGUCCUCAUAUCAUCAGAAGUGGGUGUAACAGCUAUCCGGAGGACCUGGGUCUCUGUGGAGAGAGUCUUGGCGCUGUUGGGGGUCAGGGACACGUAGUCACACUUUUCGGCCUACCAAAUACUGCAUAUUUAUCUCAAAGAGGGUCGGGGGGAACUUCUACGGCAAAAGUUGGUGCGGGCCUUUGCUCAGUAUUUCGUGGGGGACUUGGAUUCAAACAACCACCCAAGUCUGGCCCAGGCAGCACUCAAAUAAUUCAAGCUCUCACAAGCAACCUAGACUCCCGCUUUGAGUCACCGAGUAUCACUAGCGGAUGCCUAGAGGGUAUAUCUACCAUGUUUGCGCGGCUCACAUGGUUUGUGCUACAUUCUAGACUUCAAAGCGGGCUGGGGCCAGAGGCUCAUACCGAUGUCUUACCGCUGCCAUUCUUGGCUCAUAUCUCUCAUCUAAUCGGUCCAAUUGCCGCUGCUCCUGUCCCUGCUUCUGUUGCCACUCUGGCCCCUGCUGCCUCUCUGGUUCCUGCUGCUGCUGCUGCUUUCCACAGCUCAGAUGUAGCUAUGCUAAUUGACCCCAUUUAUUAUACUAUCAAGGUCGAGGUUAUCGACUACACAGAUGAUGGCCUGACCAAGACCUGUAAUAACACUAAGCAGCCUCAUUCUUCAGAAUUGUUAAUCUUUUAUUUAUAA